AUGUCGUUCCCAAAAGUAUACACGGUCAACGGACCUUCUUCUACCUCAUCAACAUCAUUACCAUCGUGGAUAGCAGUGAAAACCAAAACGAAACAAAAAGGACCCAACAAGAAGAAACGUACAAAAACUCAACAUACCACCACUGAUCUAGAAUUGAUACAAGAUUUUUCAUUCCCUGGUUCUUCGAUAAAAAUCAAAACUACCCCAGACGGUCAACAUGCAAUAGCGACCGGUACUUAUAAACCAAUGAUAAAAGUUUGGGAUUUGGAAAAUUUAACUGUUAAAUUUGAAAGAGUCACCGAUGCUGAAAAUGUCGAUUUCGUCAUCCUGUCAUCAGACUGGACUAAAUCGCUACAUCUUCAACGAGAUAGAUCGCUCGCUUUACACACUCAAGGUGGAUUACAUCAUUCCGUUCGACUACCUAUCUAUGGAAGAUCGCUAGGAUAUCAUUCACCUUCAGCAGAUGCGAUAAUAGGAUGUACUGGUACGGAUGUUUAUCGGUUCAACCUUGAAGAAGGAAGAUAUAUGACACCUAUAUCAAUAGCCAAAGGAUGGGGAGCAGGAGAAAGAGAGGAUGAGGUUGAAGGUGUUAAUGUCGUAGAUGUAAAUCCAAGACAUGGUUUAUGGUCAUUCGGUUUAGAUGGUGGUGGGGGUGUAAUUGAAUUCUGGGAUCCAAGAUCAAGAUCAGCUUUGACAAGAUUAACUUUACCUUCUACAACUUUAUUACCUGCACAAAAUUAUGAUCCUUCUUUAUCAAUCCUAGCUCAACCAAUACAGAAAUUAUCCAUUACGGCUCUAUCUUCACAUCCGACAGAUGGUCUUUCAUUAGCUGUUGGAACUUCAACCGGCCAUACUUUAUUAUAUGAUCUGAGAAGUCCAACUCCUUUCGCAGUGAAAGAUCAAGGUUAUGGUGAAUCAAUUAAAAAAGUAGAUUGGCUAAGAGGUGGUGGUUCGCAAGAAGAUUCAGGAAGAGUUAUAAGUGCAGAUAGUAAAGUUAUAAAAGUAUGGGAUAAGUCAGAUCCUUCGACCAAUCAUCUAUCUCUUCACCCUCCAUCAUCGCUAGUCGAUUUACAUCCAGUACCCCAUUCAGGUGUACUAAUGGUAGCAUGUGAUUCACCUCAAUUAUCAUCGUACUACAUACCUGAAAUAGGUCCAGCACCGAAAUGGGCAAGCUUCUUGGAUAGUGUCACCGAAGAAAUGGCUGAAGAUUAUAGUGGUUUGGGCAAAAGUGCUUAUCAAGAUUUCAAGUUUGUCGACAGGGCAGAGCUGGAAACUCUCGCUCUUACACAUCUUAUCGGUACACCAGCGCUCAAACCAUAUAUGCAUGGAUACUUCCUUUCACUCAAAUUAUACACUACAGCUCGACUUAUCGCCAAUCCACAAUCAUACGCUGAAUACAGAGAUAAAAUGGUCAAUGACAAACUUAAAGCUAAAUCUGAAUCUAGAAUUAGAGCAAGGAAGGAUCAACCUAAAGUCAAUAAAGCUCUUGCUGAACGAAUUAGGAAAACUGAAGAAAGAGAAAAAGCUUUGGAAAAGAGAAAGAAGGAAAGGAAAGCAGAAAAUAUCGAUCAAGAGGAUCAAGAAGAUCAAGAAGAUCAAGAAGAUCAAGAAGAAGAUCAAGAGGAUAGUGAUAAAGAAUCAGGUCCUGGUUUAUUGGCUGAUCCAAGAUUCAAAGAAAUAUUCGAAAAUCCAGACUUUGAAGUUGAUGAAGAGAGCAGAGAAUUCGCUUUACUCAAUCCUGCCACUGCUGAUAAUAAUGCAAAGAAGAAGACUGCUGUUCAAGAGGAAGAAGAUGAUAGUGAUAAAUCAUCUUCAGGGUUGGAGGACAGCGAAGAUCAGGAAGAUGGAGAAAGCGCAAGUGAAGAUAGUGAUGAAGGAGAUCUCAAACAAUAUGAUCCUCGUCGACUUAAACCAACUGAUCAAAAGAGGAUGUUACCUGUUAUACGAUCGAACCCACAACUGGUGGUUGGGUCUUCUUCAUCAUCAUCAUCUUCGUCAAGGACGAAUCAACAACCUACAUUUGGACAAAGACUCAAAUCCUCCAAUUUAUCAAACAAUAAAUCGAAUGAAUUCCAAGAUGAUCCAAGUGUAUUGGCAAUGCGAAAGUCAGCCGAUGGUGGAAUGGAAAUGUCUUUCAUACCUUCAUCUAAACCACGCAGACCAGGUCAAGGUUCAGAUGAUGAUGAACAAGAUGAAUAUUCAGGUGGAACAAGAAGGAAAGAACGUGAACGUAAAAUCGAAACUUUCGGUGCAGGUAUGGAAAAAGGUAGAGAAGGUGAUGAUAAUAAUGGUAGCGAUGAUGAUGAAGAUAAUGUUGAAGGUAGAAGUGGAAGAACGAAAAGAAGACAUCCAGGUAGAAGUGCAAGUAAAAAUGCAUUCAGGAAGAGGUAA